ACCUCGGCCCAUUAUUGCCUUGUCCAUUCUAAAGCAGCUAAUUGUUUUCUCUGUUCUUGUGUAUUGCGUAUGCAGAUUCCAUUAAAGCCCUUUAGAGGGUCGUGCAGCCACUACACCGUCCAGGUGUAACCGCUUCACACCUUGCAGCCUGCAGACGUCUGAAGUUCUUGGCUGCCGCAAUGCCAGUCGAGGCUGAUGGCUCAACCAUUCACACAUCCCUUUCCCCAUCAUCUUUGAUCUCCGGGUAUAAAACUGGCACCAAUUCUCAUGCUCUUCAUUCAGUCACUGGGAAUUAGAGCGAGAACGUCAUGUCUGCAGUCCAGAGUAACCUACGAGUUGGAGAUCUGAAUGCCUUCCAGAUGUGUCACGAAGGGCCACUGACGUUGAACGCCAUGGUAGCCUCAGAUUAUGGAGCACCUGAUGGCGGAAAUUACUUCAGCAAUUCAGAAUCAGUACCGAGGACAGAUAAAUGCGUGGCAACUCUAACGCAUAGGAGGAAGAGAACAAACUUUACACCGCAACAAAUUGAAGUGUUGGAAAAAGUCUACUCGGACACCAAAUAUCCUGACAUCUACCUCCGAGAGCGACUUGAGGCUUUGACGGGCCUGCCAGAGUCCAGAAUCCAGGUUUGGUUCCAAAACAGAAGAGCAAAGUCUCGUCGUCAAGUUGGGUCGUUAGUGUCCACGAACAAUGCCACCCCCAUACCAACCCAUUUCAGCCAAAUUCAGAAAGUUAGUAGUCACAAUGCUGAGCCACAGAGGACAGGCUUUGGCCAUGAUGAAAAUUUCAGACCCAAAAUGCACCAGAAAUCUGAAGAUACCCAUAGGGGAACUCUACCCACCAAAUCCAACAGCUAUGAAAACCUACCCACAACCUGUCUCUACGACAAAGAUGUGAGCAGACUGAAGCAAGAGCAAAUGCAAAGACCUGAGCUCAGUGUAAAUGUGCCUUGUUACAACGUCCACCUUUACCUCAAAGGAAACCAGCAUCAGCCUGAAGACAGCAUGACAAGCAACACUCAGGCCAGACAGUUAGUGGACUGUGACAACUUUCCACCAAAUAAGACCAUUGGGCCAGAGAUGAAGGUUGUAAUCCCACCCAUUCCAAUGCAGAACUUCAGCAGGUCCCCACCAAAGGACAAUGGAUGCCCUCUGCAGUAUUCUCACAUCAGACCCACUGGAAUCAAUCAUCGUGUCCAUCCUACUGAGAGCAAGGACUUUUCUGACUCGGAUUCAGAUUGGGAAAAUGAGGCCAUCAUUGGCUUUAGUGGCUUUAUGUAAUGCACAGUUCAAUUGUGAAUAUCUCCACUGCACAGCUGUAUAAAGAAACAUGUAAAGCUAAGCUUGUAUGCAGAUGUUUGAUAAUAUGAAAAGCCUAUA